UAAACUUCCUGUUACGAUAAAACCAACCAGCAGUAAUAUGUCACCUAUUCUAAUGGAUAAUGAUGAUGACGAUAUUUUACAUCAAGAUCCGCAGGAUUCUGACCGCCCACCAAGUGAUCUAAGCAGCAGCAUUAGCGGUGGUAGCUCGAGCAUUGACGACGUUGAAACAGAAGAAAGCAUAGAAUCAAGAAUGAAUCCACCACAAAUAUACACAGAACGUACACUGGGGAUCGUCAAACCAGAUGCCAUGGAUAAAGUGGUUGAAAUAGAAGACAUCAUUUUGAGAAAUGGAUUCACCAUCCUUCAGAAACGUAAAGUUCAUCUCUCUCCUGAACAAGCAAGUGACUUUUACGUGGAACAUUACGGAAAGAUGUUUUUCCCAAGUUUAGUUGCUUACAUGAGCAGUGCACCUAUCACUGUGUUUGUUCUUGCUAAGAAUAAAUCUAUUGCUUCAUGGAGGGAGCUUAUUGGGCCGACCAACCCAUUCAAGGCAAGAGAGACACACCCUGGUUGCCUACGUGACACUUAUGGUAAAGACCAAACCAGGAAUGCAGUCCAUGGCAGUGACAGCUUUCAUUCUGCAGAACGAGAAAUUCGAUUUAUGUUUCAUGACAGCAUUGUUGAGCCAAUAGCAGUUGGACAAGCAACUAAAGAUUAUCUUGCGAAAGAAGUAAAUCCAACAAUGUUAAAAGGAUUGACACAACUUUGUAAAGAGAAGCCCGGAGACCCUGUGAUGUGGCUUGCUGAAUGGCUGAUUGACAAUAAUCCAAACAAACCAAAAGUCAGCGGACCAGUGAUUUCUGAGGCUUAAUAUGUUGCUUUUAUUUUUGUACUUUGUUAUUUCAGAGAGUGUAUUUGUAUGAAAUGUAUAUCGAAUACGUAGAUUUUCUAUUUUAAAUCUUUAUAGUAUA